GAGCCAACACAUCCGCAUCGCGGCUUCUUUUCCAGGGACUCAUCGCAUGACUCGAACAUUGUCGCAAUACCUCAUCAUAUUCUGGAAGAUCUAACUGAGGAGAACGAAGAGACAGUACAUUCACGCAAUAUGACGCUCAACGCACAUCCGCAAAUACCGCUUUUCACACCAAGAAAUAUUUCUGAAGGAAUUCCGGAAAUCCAAUCGGAUGGAAUCAGCAAUCUUUCAAGCGGGACCAGUUCUCGAAUUUUUGUGAUCAGCAAAAUUGAAGAGGACGUCCAGAAGAUGCCUGAAACUGAGCAGCUUGACGUACCAAAGACAGAAGCUAUAAAAACUCCGGCCGUCAAAGCAGUCAUCGAACCGUCAUCAGUUAGCGACGCAGAAGAGCACAAGACUACGGAUUCAGAUUCUUUUGUGAGCCGAUUAUGA